AUGGGCAUUGGAGAAACGUUCGAUAUCAUCCUCCCAAACUACGGAACCAUCCGCGGUACUAUCGACACCAAGGUCAAUGUCGCCAUCUUCCGCAACGUCCCUUACGCACAUGUCCCCGAGCGCUGGCGUGUUUCUGUCAAACCUCAACCGUGGACCGGUAUCCAUGAUGCUACCGUUCAAGGGCCAGUGUGCCCACAGGGACUAACAACUUACCCACUAGGAAAGAUUGUCCCAGAAAAGUACCUCCAAGUCGGGACGAACCCUAAAUAUGAGUUUGGAGUCGACCAAUCGGAGCGCGAUAGUCUCAACAUGAACAUCUAUGUACCUCUUUCAGUUCUUGAGGAUGAUGGACUGGGGCCUGUUCCGGUCAUGGUUUGGGUCCAUGGUGGAGCUCUUCGGAAUGGUGCCAAUUGCGUCCCUAUCUAUGAUGCAAGAAAUUUUGUUGCUCGGUCAGCCGAACUGGACCAACCCGUCAUCGUGGUCGCUCCCAACUACCGCCUCGCAGUCUUUGGAUUCCUUGCCUCCAAGGAGCUUCAACAGGAUAUGGACGAACAUGUCCGUCAAUCUCCAACACCUGUCCCAGAUUACGACCAAUCCGUCGGCAACUGGGGCCUCCAGGAUCAGAGACUUGCAUUCGAAUGGGUCCGUGAGAACAUUGCGGCAUUAGGAGGUAAUGGACAGAAUGUGACGGCAUGGGGCGAGUCUGCUGGAUCCUUCUCGAUUCACUACCACAUGUUAAUCCCUGCGCAUUAUGGUCUCUUUGAUCAUGCGAUUUUGCAGUCGGGAGUUGUUGGGACCAUGCCGCCACAAACGGUCGAAGUGGAGGGGCAGGCUGUUUUUGACAAACUGCUCAAGGUGUUCAACAUCCCCGAUGAUUUGGAUGGAUUGGAGAAGGUCAAGAGAUUGAGGGCGGUGUCAAUGGACGAUUUGACCAACGCUGCCAAUACUGCGUUUGCCACCAUGACAUAUGGAUGCUACCAAGACGGAGGAAAGCUCAUCCCCUCGACCAUCCCGACCCCGAUACUGUCAACAACCCCAUCAUCUUACGAUCCCAGCAUCAAGUCGAUCAUGAUUGGUUCUACCCGGGAUGAAGGAACAGCAUUCGCGCUUGCAUUCGGAGAGGCCAAGGUCUCGAACUACCCCGCUAUUGUCCAACAGUUUGUCCCCUUCCCUGACCUCGUCCCUUUAUUCCAAUCCGCCUACGGGAUCCCCCAAACUGACUCCGAGUUCCGUAUACUCCUGGACGAAUCUAUCGGUGACAUGGUCUUCCAACACCCGAUCGAGCUAGUUGCCACCACCCUCCUCGACCUCCAAAAGCUUCGCGGAGGUCCCCAACACUUUCAGCUCCUCCGAUACCAUUACAAUGUCGCCUUAAACCGGAUCCAAGAACUCUUACCGGGUCUCAACGCCAUGCAUGCGGGAGAACUCCCCAUCAUCUUUGGACCGCCAUUUUCAGACCUGGUGUUGACAGAGUCCGAGUUACGGUUGAGUCGGGAGAUCCAGAAGCAUUGGAUCGCCUUUGCAAAUCAAAAGCCUAUUACUGUUGAUGAGAGUGGGCAGGUUGCAGAUGUGCAGAAUGGUGAGGCGCUUAUUUGGACGGAGGACCAUCGAGUGGAGGUUGGGAAGGGUAGGAAAAUGAGUCCGGAGGUCCAGGCGUUUUGGGAUGCGAUGACAAAGGCCAAGUUGCAGCGUGUUCAGCGAGCUCUGGAUCGCCCCGAGCAGUGA